CUCCUCCUCCAGUCAUCACCAUGGCCGCCACCACCAUCACUACUACCACUACUACUACUACUACUACUACUACUACUACUACUACUACUACUACUACUACUACUACUACUACUACUACUACAGUUAAUAUUUCGGUCUCCACGAGUUAUCGUCACCUCAAGGGUGAGUGGGAUGCCGGAGGGGACCUGGACACGGAGGCUGGCAGGUCCGCCGAGGCCAGCAGGAGCCUGGCGCUGGAGGCCAAAGGAGCCAAGUCGCAGCGGAGGUCCAGCGCUGAGGAGGGCAAGGAACGGCACUCGCCCGGGGAACAAGAGAAGCGAUAGUCUCCAUCAGACCCGCGCAGGCCCAUCAAGCUGAAGGUGAUUCCCCGCAACGUGACCGUAGGGCGCGGCAUCGGCUUGCCCAUGGGCGGUCCCCUGGCUGCCGCCCGCUCCCCACACGUGCCUUGUGCCCCCUCGCCUGCCUGCACCCGUGCUAUCCACACUGCCGUCGUUCACUCCUCGGGAGGCCACACACUUCUCCGUGGCACGCCCGCCUUCCAGCAGGCGCCCACGUCCUUUGCCUCCGUGGCGCUGCGGUAUGGGCGGCGGUGCAGCUCCCCACAGACGCCCCAGUUGACCGGCUGUGCCUCCUGCACGGCAGCGUCCCACUCCGCCCAGAUCUCUCCUUCGGGCCCCAGGUCCCAGCGCCUCACCUCCAGCAGCGGUGACCACUGGAGUGCCUUUAUCAGCAAGAACCACCGCACCCAGAGUGUAGGGGCCGCCGUGCCGGCCGGGGAGAUGGACUGGCUGCCCGCGCCGUCACCCUGUUCCAAGUAGAGCUCCUGGUCCUCGGUGUCCACGGACAACGACUCUGGUCCCUCCUGGUGAGUACCCCUGCCCUUUAUGUAGUGCCUGCUGGCUAGUACUUCGUCCUUUCCCUAGUACCUUCUGGUGCGUACCUUUGGUCUUUGUGUGACACCUGCUGGUGAGUACCUUUCUCCUUUUUUUUUUAA